AUGACGUCCAAUCGAUACAUCUAAAUCUUAAGCGGUGUGCAUAGAAACCUUGACCCAUCAAAAUGUCGCUCUCUUUGGCAUCAUCGCAAAUCUAAAAUCCGUAUCGGCGUCCACCCUUUGUAGAACAGUGCACGAUUGCCACCAACCGUCACUGCACGUCUUUGUAAAUAAAUCGGUCGCCACGAGCCGCUAAACACAACGAGUUUUCACCGCGUGCCAGCUGUUUUUAGAUCACAAGUUGAAGAAAAGUUAGUAGUCAUUGCUCCAAAAUGGUGUUCUUCUUCAAAAACGUUACAAAGAGAUGUGCACAAGUAGCUCUCGGGUGCAGCCGCGCCGUCCACCAGCCGGCCGUACGCGGUGUCGCUAAACCCAACCUCCAGCUCGCAACUCUGACGCCCAAGGUCCGUGCGUUUGUUGAGCGCAGUGCCGCCCUCUGCCAGCCGGACCACGUCCAUGUAUGUGAUGGAUCGGAUGCUGAGGCCAGCGCUCUGUUGCGUAUGAUGCAACAACAGGGAACCGUGAAGCCGCUGCCGAAGUAUGAGAACUGUUGGUUAACCCGCACGGACCCAGCCGACGUUGCUCGCGUGGAGUCGCGCACCUUCAUCUGCGCAGACCAGGAGAAGGAGGUGGUGCCAGCAGCCAGGGCUGGUCAGAAAUCAGCCCUCGGCAACUACAUCUCACCUCCCGACUACGAGAAGGCAGUCGUUGAUAGGUUCCCGGGAUGUAUGCGAGGUCGCACUAUGUAUGUCAUUCCUUUCUCCAUGGGACCAGUCGGUUCGCCGCUGUCCAAAAUUGGAGUGGAGGUUACUGACUCUCCUUACGUGGUGUACUCUAUGCGAGUGAUGACCAGAAUCGGUGCCAAGGUUCUUGAAGUCCUGCGCCAAGACGAGCAGUUCGUACGCUGCCUGCACUCCGUGGGUGUUGGUGGAGGUACUCCAGGCUGGCCCUGUGACCCUCGCGGCACCAUCAUCUUGCACCGCCCAGCUGACAACGAAAUCAUCAGCUAUGGCAGCGGCUAUGGCGGCAACAGCCUGUUGGGCAAGAAGUGCUUCGCCCUUCGUCUGGGGUCCGUCAUCGCGCGCCGGGAAGGAUGGCUGGCUGAGCAUAUGCUGAUUGUGGGUAUAACAGACCCUCAAGGCAAGAAGCGGUACAUCGCAGCUGCGUUCCCGUCUGCCUGCGGGAAGACGAACCUGGCCAUGAUGACGCCCACACUCCCGGGGUACAAGGUGGAGUGCGUCGGAGACGACAUCGCUUGGAUGAAGUUCGAUAAGAACGGAGUGCUGAGGGCCAUCAACCCGGAGAAUGGAUUCUUCGGUGUUGCUCCUGGUACCUCAGCAUCAACCAACCCGAUAGCAAUGGCAACAGUAUUCAAAAACACGGUAUUCACGAACGUAGCUGAGACUGGGGAUGGUGGUGUUUGGUGGGAAGGCAUGGGUCCCGCUCCCGAAAACGUUACCGACUGGAAAGGACAGCCCUGGGACUCCAGCAAGAAGACGCCAGCCGCGCAUCCUAACUCUAGGUUCUGCACCCCGGCCGAACAAUGCCCGAUCAUCGACAGCGAGUGGGAGAGUUCAGAGGGAGUGCCGAUCUCCGCCAUCCUCCUCGGAGGCAGGAGGCCCAGUGGAGUGCCUCUCGUGGUGGAGUCCAGGGACUGGCAACAUGGUGUGUUCAUGGGAGCGUCCAUGCGCUCUGAAGCCACUGCCGCUGCUGAACAUAGUGGCAAGAUGGUGAUGCACGACCCGUUCGCGAUGCGUCCGUUCUUCGGGUACAACUUCGGCGAGUACCUGAAGCACUGGCUGUCGAUGCCGCAGCCGGGCCGCAAGAUGCCCAAGAUCUUCCACGUCAACUGGUUCAGGAAGGAUGACCAGGGUAAAUUCCUCUGGCCCGGUUUUGGCGAGAACUCCCGCGUCCUGGACUGGAUCCUGCGCCGCUGCGACGACGAGCCGUGCCACACCGAAACUCCCUUGGGCUACGUGCCGAGCGACGGCGCUCUCAACACCAAGGACCUUGGCAAGAUUAACAUGCAGUCCCUGUUCAGUAUUCCCAAGGACUUCUGGAUGCAGGAGGUUGACGCGAUCGAAAAAUACUUCAAGGAAGAAGUUGGAGAAGAUUUACCCGCCGAAAUGUGGCAAGAACUGAACAAGCUAAAGAAAAACAUUCAGCAAUCCUAAAUAACCAAAGAUACCACUCGUUAAAUAUGCGAUGGAUGUUGCCGGCUAGUCCGAGAAUUCAAUUUUAAUUAUAAAAAUAAAUUAUUUUAAAUGUAAAGGCAUAACAUUCCAAGCUGUUCGUAUUGACAAACUCAUUCUAUGUCGAAUUAAAAUGUAAAUUAAUACUCGCUAGACGUCUUCGUCUUGCUUUUAAAUUUUAAUUUGUAAAAAAGUAUGAAAUGGGUAAAUUAAAAUUACAAAAAAUCUAAAUUUAUGAUCCAUGUUUGGGCAAAACACGAAAAUAAAUGCGAAGGCUGUGCUAGGUUAAGAUAUUGUAUAACUUCUCAAAAAUGGUGACAAAAAAAUAGGGCUUGAAUUAAAAAAUUAAAUUGCAAGUUAUUUUUGUAGGUACUUCUAACUGUUUUACCUAUAAUUUUAUUUUUCCAACAUCUAUUGGACCUACUUAAUGUUACCUUUGUUAAAAAUUCUCUGUCACCAUUUUUGAAAAUGAGUUCACUGUGAGUACUUAUUGUAAAUCGAAUAGAGGUGAAACAAAAUAUAUUUUUGGAUAAAGCUUAAUAUUUUUAGAAUAUUUCACAUCUUAUUACUGCAUGUACCUAAUUUGUAAAAAACUAUAAAUAUUACAAUCAAUUUAAAAUAUUCGUUUUUUUUUUUUAUUCUUGGAAUGUAAAAUUAUUUCUAUGAAUUUCAAAAUAUAUUUUGUUUAACCACACACUUACUUAAGCCUUUGAUACGUUAC